AUGCUCACAAGAGAAUCGAACGACAUAUCGGACCUGGAAGUGGGCGAGGAUGGAUCUUCAAGUCAACAGGAGAGUAAACGAAGCCAGGUAGUGAAAGCCAAGAAGAUACAAGAAGGGCUCCGUGUGAAAAUCUUGGUCUCCCUAGCCUGGGGCUUGUCCCUGGCCUUUGCCCUGCCCCAGCUCGUCCUGUUCCACGUGCAUGAGAUACACGGAGGGCCCAUGUGUGGACUCGAACUCUCGCUCUCCGGCUGGCAGAUCUACCUGAGCCUCAUCGCCGUCUCACUGUUCUUCAUCCCUGCCCUCAUCAUUCUGGUGUGCUACCUCGCCAUUAUCGUUGUCAUCUUCAACAGUAGCGUCCAACCUAUCAGCAUGAAGAAAGCCCCGAAGAUAAAGAAAAGAGGAAACUCUGCCGAUCCAGUCCCAGAACCCACCCGGGAACUCCGGAGCUCCAGUUGUACCGGCGGCAUCAUCAACCAGGCCAAGAUCCGAACUAUUAAGAUGACAUUUCUUAUCGUUGUUGUGUACAUCCUGUGCUGGAGCCCGUACUUCGUGUUCAACCUGUGUCAGGUAUACGGCGCCCUUCCCGCCACCCCGCGCUGGGCCAAGAUCACCACCUUUGUCCAGAGCCUAGCCCCACUCAACUCGGCCGCCAACCCUGUCAUUUACGGCGUUUUCAGCACACGGAUCUGUAGCUACCUCAGGUCAUCCAGGGGUCAGCAGAGGACGACUCGGAUGUCAAGGCCGAGUCUGAUCCAGGACAGUCCUCAAUCCGGGGCGUUCCCUGGCGAGUAUAGCAGCGUCACCGACACCGAAGACUUCAGACUUACCUCAGACCACCGUAACAUUAACUGUGACGUCACCAGCAGUCGAGUGCCGUUGGUGGACCAGAGUCUGACGGAAGCGGAUCGGCAGUUGCUCAGUCUGCAUGUCCGCGGCAACACAGACAUGCACGAAGUGUGAGCAUGUACGAUUACGUUAACAGUAAGACAUAUGAAGGUCAAGUGCGGAUGACGACUAGAUGGUCUCUGCUGCUCGUUUUGGCCUCGGGAUUGUCCUGUCUUUCGUGUAGACCUUUAUUUCUUGAUGUGGCAAAAGACUGGUUCAUUUUGAACUGCGGGAGGAGAAUGAAUAGUGGCCUGCGUAUUGAACGUAAGUUCGUACGCACGCACGCACGCACGCACGCACUCACAUACACACAAACACGCACGCACGCACGCACGCACGCAC